AAAUCAAUGUUGUUAUAUAUGUUUUAGAAAUAGGUAAUAUGCUUCAUAAUUAAGUCCAACACAUUUUUUAUAGAAAAAAAUAACAAAAUCUGGUAAAACCAGUUUUCUUGCCAUCGACAACAAAAAAAGAAAACGUCAACCAACAAGAAAGGAAAAGACCGUGAAUAUUACCAAAACGUUUAGCGCAAGAAAGGAGACAAUGUUCACUAAGGCAAGAGACCUAGAAAUGACUACGGGGGCCAUUGUAAAGAUGGCCAUCACGGGUCCAUCAGGGACGAAGUAUGUGUAUGGAGAGGAUGAUUUUGUUGUAUCUGAGGGCCAAUCAAAGGCAACAACUCAUGUGGCCACUCAGACUGAAGAACAACACAUGAUAACGAACUCAAAGAUGUGUCGUGUAUGCGGGGAAGGUGAACUUGCAACACGAGUAAGAUGGAUCGGGUGUGAUGGGGGUACCAAAAAAAGAGACUGUGAAUACUGGUGUCACUGCCAUUGUUUGGGUUUUAGGGUGAAAACCCAGGCUGCCCUCUCCAGACUACAGUGGUUUUGUCCGGCACAUCGGUCCGAGGCCAUGAAAUAAAUUAAAUUUUGGUUACA